ACCUGGCUCGACCUUAUAUUUAUGUCAAUGGGCUCGACCGACGGACAAACCAGUAAUCCUCUGAUUCCGACUGUGACAGCGGUUGUUACUGUAAUUGGUCUUCUGACUGUAUGAUAUCGGCACAUUACAAAGAUUUUGUAUUUUGUGCCUUUCCAAAUUGCAUGAUAAUUACACCAGACUGACGUUUGCUGCUCUCUCCGGCUUAACCGGUAACAACACCACGGCCAGCUGACGGAACACUGAGCUUGUUAGCAGCAGCUAGCCCAGCUGUCUCUCCAGUCGAACUGCCCUUUGUCUUUACAAGCAAGUUAGCUAGCUGGCAUUAUUUCUCUUCUUGGUUAGCUGUCACUGGCUUCUGUAAUUUUUUUUCGCCUGACAAGAGUUAAGCAAACCAAGAUAGGCGGCUUGGGAACCAAGAUGUCGAACCGAGUGGUGUGCAGAGAAGCAAGUCACGCCGGGAGCUGGUACUCUGCUUCGGGAUCCCAGUUGAACGCACAACUAGAAAGCUGGCUGUCCAAAGCAGAGUCCACAAUCAGACCUGCUAGAGCCAUCAUAGCGCCGCAUGCAGGGUAUACCUACUGUGGCGCUUGUGCAGCACAUGCCUACAAGCAGGUUGAUCCCGCUGUUACUCGUAGGGUGUUCAUCCUGGGACCUUCACACCAUGUGCCCCUCUCCCGCUGUGCCCUGUCACCUGCAGAGAUCUAUAGAACACCUCUCUAUGACCUGAGAAUCGACCAGAAGGUUUAUGCUGACCUCUGGAAAACUGGGUUGUUUGAGCGGAUGAGUCUGCAGACAGAUGAAGAUGAGCACAGUAUUGAAAUGCACUUGCCUUACACUGCUAAAGCCAUGGAGAGCCACAAAGACGAGUUUAGCAUCGUCCCUGUGCUUGUGGGUGCCCUGAGUGAGUCCAAGGAACAGGAAUAUGGGAAGCUGCUCAGCAAAUACCUGGCAGACCCUUCCAACCUUUUCAUUAUCUCAUCCGACUUCUGCCACUGGGGUCAACGGUUCCGCUACACAUACUAUGAUGAAUCUCAUGGGGAGAUCUAUAGGUCUAUCGAGCAUCUUGAUAAAAUGGGGAUGGGCAUUAUAGAACAGCUGGAUCCCAUGUCUUUCACCAACUACUUGAAGAAGUACCGCAACACCAUCUGUGGGCGUCACCCGAUUGGAGUGCUUCUAAAUGCUGUGGCUGAGCUGAGGAAGUCUGGUUUAGAAAUGAACUUCAGUUUCCUGAACUACGCCCAAUCAAGUGAGUGCAGGAACUGGCAGGACAGCUCCGUGAGUUACGCUGCCGGGGCUCUCAUCGCUCAUUGAGGUCAACUUUCGCCAGGGCCACUGCAGCACCGCUGCCCCGCCCUUACUAUCUAUCGCCAUAACCUGACCCAGACACCUUCCCUCUUGCCCUGUCCCCAGUUACGCCCACUAUUUGCAGAAAGGACCUAGACACUCAAAGCCAAUACAGUCUUCUUUCUCUGUCUCUCCCUCAGCUCUCCUCCCGCCUUUCUCCACCCUCCUCUCAGUUUGAAGUGCGUCUCAGUUUUGGUUCAAAUAUUUUAGCUUGGAGUGCAGUUUUGAGAUCAUGUCGGAGCAAAUGGUUGGAGGAGAUGGGAAGAGAGCGUAUUAUUUUGGCUCGGAGUAAAUGUUGAAAGGGGGAGGGAAAUCUUGUUUGGGUUUAGUCCCGUUUUGUUUUCCUGACAUGCAGUUUUUUACAUUUGGGCUCUUGGCGAUCUGUGCUCAUGUAAUUCGCCUCUAAAAAAGGAAUGAAAAUAAAACUGCAGAUCUUAGUAGAGCUUAUUAAAAUUCUGCCAGAUGAUGGUUUUGACUGACUGCUUCAAGCUACACGUGACUUAAACGUUUGAAAACAGUCUCAUAGGUAAUUACUACCAUUUCUCAACAUUUGUUGUAGUUGCUAACAAAGGGCUGCACCCAACAAAGUUCACUAACCCCCCUACUGUAUAAAACCAAAAACAUUAAUACCCUGUUUAUUAGCAUUUAUUCUUAUUUUAUUCCUUUUAUUUCUCCCUUUUUUUAGUAGUUUUAUUAGAUGUGAUAGUAUUUACUCAAGUAGUGUGUAGAUUUGAACAAAAGCAAUGUUGUCGGUCAAGUUUGAAAGCCAUCAACGUGGUUUGCCCAAUAAAUUAGUGUGUGCAACACUGCUUCCAGAUUCCAAGUCUAUGCCUUUAGCAUUACAGAUAUGUUUUGUGAGGGCCAGACUCCGGUUGUGCUUCAGAAUUGUAAUCAAAGCUGGAUAUUGUGUGAAUUACUACCAAACACUGACACCUCUAGACUUUGUUUACACUGCCACCUUUAAUCUCUGUGGUUAUUGAAUUAGUAAUAGAUUGGAGUGACAAGUAGGAAAAUGAUUUUGUUACAUUCAGUUCUGUAACAGCAGCGACGCAUUUGUUUUGGCCUGAAUAAAGUGGUAAAGGCCUAGAUGAUCUGCUUAAAUUGUUGGAACUGUUAUUGAAUCUGUUCACUAGGUAUUCAUUUACAAAUCUUUGUGUUAAUAUGUUUUUAUUUAAGAAUGCCAAACGUUAUUGGGAAGAUAGAAGUCAUCCUUAUUUAAAGGUUUUCUUUCCAGUGUUGUUGCUUUUGCGUGUAUGAGAAUUCAAUUCAAAAUGGCUCUCGAGGCAGUAGGAGUAUCAAUUAGACAAGGUUAGCUAAAGCAACUAAUAGAUAGAAGUUUUAAGAUCAGCACAAAGUGUUAAUGUUCUGCUAGAAGGUUUAAGAAUAUACCCAGAAAAGUGACAGAUGUUGCUCCCUGCUGUAUUUUUUAACAAAAAAUCAUAACAUUAAUAUUUACUUUAUGAAAUGUCAAACACGAGGAUCACAAAAGAAAAGCAAAGGUUUCUUUCUUUUUCAAAGUAAUAUGCUAUGUAGUCCUGCUGUCUGAAGUACUUCAUAGAUUAACAAACAAAAAGCAGAUGAUUCAUAAUGGCAGUAUAGUCUUUUAAUUUAAGAUCUAGGCAGCACACAAUUUCUGCUGUCCUGUCGUUUUGGUAUUUGAGUAUCACUGACUGACUUUUACUGAUGCAGUCCUCUUAACAUUGGUCCGUCCCUCUCGGCACCAUAAGAGGCGUCGCACUUAGCAUUAAGCUACAAUGUCUGGUUGGACCAAGUGGGCAAGAGAUGAAUCCUCAGAUUCACUUACACUCUGAUGCUAAUUUAAGGGAAACUAGUGAAGCAUGACACACUGCUAUUGUGCCUUUUAUCACUGUUGCACAUAUACAUAUAAAGUGUAUUCUCACUUUUAGGCUUAUUUUAGAAUGUGUACUUUCAGUUUUUGUUUUUCCACAUGUACUCUCCUCCUGGGCGAGUGCCCAACAAUGUAUCCAGCUCCCACUCACACUCCUGGAGUGUGUGACCUGUCCCCCCUCAUCUGUUGGUCUAAAAUGGCACCAACUGUUAUCUCCUUUAUCCAGCAGGGAGUGGUGUUCUCUUUUUUCCACCUCAUUCCUGCAGAGAGACAAAUGGCUGAACCUCAGCACUGUUCAUUUUCUGUUUUAUGGAUCUUUGUCUUUCAGAAAUGUUUUUUUGUAUUAUUAUUUUUUUCUUGCUUAGAAAAUGGGAACUUACACGUCACAAACCUAAAAUAUACUACUUAACUGCUCCCUGAA